GAGGAAAGAUGGCGACGGCCAAGGUGAAGCAGGACAUGCCACCUCCGGGAGGCUAUCCUCCCUUUGAUUACAAGAGAAAUCUUCCAAAACGAGGACUUUCUGGAUACAGUAUGUUUGGCAUUGGCAUCGGACUCAUGUUGUUUGGAUACUGGAGGGUCAUCAAAUGGAAUAGAGAAAGAAGGCGGUUGCUCAUUGAGGAGCUUGAAGCACGGAUAGCUCUUCUGCCUCUCCUGCAGGCUGAGGAUGACCGGAGAACAUUACGGAUGCUGCGUGAAAACCUAGAGGAGGAGGCCGUCAUCAUGAAGGAUGUACCGGGCUGGAAGGUGGGUGAGAAUGUGUUCCAUACAGACCGCUGGGUCACACCAAUGGCAGAGGAGCUCUUCAACCUUCGACCACGCGAAGAACUUCUACACGAGAAGUUUGGCUUCCAGUGGUAUGUGUAGGGUCCAUCCAUCUAGACAAAUUCUCCAGUGUAAGCCCAGAAACAGUUCACCCUGGGAGGACAGGAACCUCUGUCAUCUGCCCCUACUCAGCCCUGGGAUGUUAGGAGCUAUCUAAUACAGCUUGUAAAUGUUCAAACUAUUAAAUAUCUUUUCUUUAC